AUGAAUAGAUUAAUUUUAUCUACUUUUAUUAUUAUUUCAAUUUUAUCAACAUUUUCAAAUUGUCAAGAUUGUCCAAGUGAUAAUAAUGAUUGUACAACAGAAUCAUUUAUAUAUGGUGGUUGUUAUAGUAUUUAUAAUCAAAAUAUUGAUUGUGAAUCAACUGGAACUUAUAAAGCUUGUGUUGCCAAUUGUAAAUUAUCACCACAAUAUUCUAAAUGUGGUAGUGUAAGUUGUGAUUAUGAAACUUUGGCUUGUAAAUUCGGUAGUACCACCUGUGAUGAUAAUAAUAAAUGUACAACUGAAUAUUGUAAUUCCACCACUGGUUGUGUUAGAACUGCCACUAAUUGUACUGAUGGAUUAGCCACUACCACUGAUAAUUGUAUGUCAAUUUUUGGUUGUUAUUACACAAUUAAUCAAGCUCAAAAUAAUAUCAAAUCAUGUACAACAAAUGCAGAUUGUAAUGAUAGUUUACCAUGUACAACCGAUGUAUGUGUAAAUAACAAAUGUAAUUCAACAAUUAACUGUGAUUCAAAUUCCUUGUGUGCUAAAAGUGGUUAUUGUACUUUAAUUCCAACACCAUCUAAUUAA